AUGAAGGAAUCCACACCUCCACCGGAAGGAACACCGGAGCAAACAACUGCAGCGACAACACCUUCCACCGGAAAGGGGUGCAAUCGUGCAAUGGAAGAAGUGGGGAAGGAGGGGCAGUCGGCCAAGUUUGUGACAUACUCCACAUCUGAGCCGGCGCAGCUUUCUGGUGAAGCGAGAAGACGGUCACAUUUCCGCGCCCGUGUUCUCGAGGCGACGCUUUCACCACUCGAAAAGGCGAUAUUUGACGUGCCCCUUGAGGAGUGGCUGACAGUGGACCGCAGCAAAUUUUUGGGUUGGCGCUGCGCCGUGCCCCACCCAGUCACAGCGGAUGAACUGAAGCCGGUGGAUCCUUCGCACGACAUCUUGCGGCACAUUGCUCUCCACAAUGGUCCUGUAACGGAUCUGCAGCUUGAUGCUAUUGUGAACGCGGCGAACAAGACCUGUCUUGGUGGUAAAGGCGUUGACGGGGCGAUACAUGCGGCGGCUGGCCCGUUGCUUGUGCGAGAGUGUGCCACCUUUAACGGAUGCGAUACUGGACAGUGCAGAAUCACGAAGGGGUAUAAUCUUCCAGCCCGUUACGUUCUGCACACUGUGGGUCCCAUUGGAGAAAGACCGGAGGCGUUGCGAAGCUGUUACCGCUCUAUUCUUUCUCUGGCCCACCGAAAUCGUCUACGCAGCAUCGGUUUCUGUUGUGUGAGUACUGGAGUCUACGGCUAUCCUUUAAUUCCCGCCACGCGCAUUGCCGUUGACGAAACUAUCGAAUAUCUGAAACAGCAUUUCUCCGCGUUUGAUCUCUGCUGCUUUGCCUGCUUUAAGCUUGAGGAGUAUAAUGCAUACACCGACUGCUUACGGGCAUGGCUUGGCACAGCUCCAAAUGCUUCCAGCGAUCAAUAG